CCCUCCGCCCCCCCCCCCCCCCCGCCCCACCCCCUCCUCUCCUCCCCCUUAAUUUCCUUUCAUCAUUUCUCUGAACUACCACUCCCUUUUAAUUCUUGUUUCUCCUUCAAGCCAACCCCCUUUUCUUUGCUUUUCCCAUGGCGUAAACUUAUCUGGGUUAUUUACAUCACCUUAACGAGGUUAAAGUCAGAAGUAGUAUUAAUUUUUCAACACCGAAGUGUUCCAUAAAACGAUACGUUCAUUGUGUUUUUUUUAAGUGUAGUAAAGUUUUGCUGUAGAGGGUUCUCUUUUUUUUUUCUUUGUUGAAGUUAAAGAUGGGAAACUGUCAAGCAGCUGAAGCAGCUACCGUGGUGAUUCAACAUCCAGGGAACAAGAUCGAGAGGAUUUACUGGUCUGUUAGUGCUAAUGAAGUCAUGAGUUCAAAUCCAGGCCAUUACGUUGCACUUGUGGUAACCUCACCAACGUUGAAGAAUGAAAAUGGCAUGCCAUUGAAGCAGCUCAAGCUCUUAAAACCUGAUGACACUUUGAUAAUGGGCCAAGUUUAUCGACUCAUUAGCUUUGAAGAUGUUUUGAAAGAGUUUGCUGCAAAGAAGUCCGUGAAGCUGGGGAAAUUGUUGAAAGAAAGAGGGCUUGGGCUCGGGAUGGAGUUGAAGAGAAAGGAUUUGGCAGCUGCUUCCAAUCUGAAUCCAAAGCUUAACUCGAAAACUGAGAACUGCAGUUCUGUUAAGGUGGAGCAGGAGGUUAAUAGACUGGGAAGCAGCGGUGGCAGCAGCGGCAGCAGUAGGUUCAUGGGAAGGCAUCAUGGUGGUGGUGGUGGGGGGCAAUGGAGGCCAGCCUUGCAGAGCAUUGCAGAGAUUGGAACUUGAACGCACUGGCUACACUCACCAGGACUGCUCCCCCUGUCAUUCCCUCUCCCCCUCACCAAUAAAAAGCAAACAACUACAUAACCCAUCCUUUCUCUGUUUCCAAUACGUUUAUAUUCUCGUUUUCUUUUCUUCUCUGCAGAUACUACAAUGUUCUAUAUUUUGAGUAUCAGUUUCCACUAGAUUUAGAGGCUAGGGUUUGUGUUAGGUGCAAAACCAUUUGGACACUUAGAUCAUAAAUGUAAUGAGCAUUUCUUAUCUGUGUUUUCUUUUC